AUGGAAGGGGUGGAGCCACCUUCUGAUGCAGAAGCCAUCUUUGGCACAACUUUCACCAUGGACUUGCACUUGAGAGAAAAGACAACGAUAGCAGUUACAUCUAGAGGCUAUUAUGGAUUGGAGGAAGAGAAGGGAACUGCAUGUACAUCAACAAGGCGUCGGUCCACACCACGGAGUUUGGCAGGCUUGACAAGUGGAGUUUUUGAAUCUAUAAUGGUUCAAGUUUUGAGACAGGAAGAACAGCUGAGAGCAAAAGAAGAAAAAAGGCUCCGGGAACAAGAAAGAAAAGAAGCAGAAGAAGCCAGUCAGAAGGAAAUCGAAGAGUGGGAAAGGAAACUCCUCGCUCAAGCAGCUCCUGCCUGUAUGGAGACCAUGUGGGAAAUACCAGCUAUUGGGCACUUCCUCUGUUUGGCCCAGCAAAUUCUAAAUUUGCCAGAAAUUGUUUUUUAUGAAUUGGAACGUUGUCUUCUGAUGCCUCAGUGUAAUGCUUUUCUAUCAAAAAUAAUGACUUCUCUAUUGAGUCCCCCCCAUCGCAGACCUACCUUACACCGGAGACCUACCUUGCCUUACAGGACCUGGGAAGCAGCCCUGCGACAGAGAGUGCAGCAGUGGUACACGGCUGUGGGGCAAACCGAGCAUCCCGACAGCUGUGCAGAGAAGCUUGGCUUAUGUCCUCAGUUUUUUAAAGUUCUUGGAGAAGUUAACCCAUUGGAAGAAAAACCUUUCCAUGAACUACCUUUCUACCAAAAAGUGUGGUUACUUAAGGGUCUUUGUGACUUUGUGUAUGAAACACAAAAAGAAGUUCAAGAUGCUGUACUUGGACAGCCGAUCCAUGAAUGCAGGGAAGUGAUCCUGGGCUAUGAUUAUUUGGAGAAUGCUUAUGUCCAUUUUCCACAGUUUUGUGGUGCAGAUGUUCGGAUUUAUAAGCAGAAGCCCUUUCAAGCCCCAGAAUUUCCAGUUCCACCCAUCAAAAUACAAAGAGUACCUCGGAUUAAACUGGAGAAAUUGAAGUGUGACUAUGUGAAUACAAGUAAUGGAGAACAUCGGGGUGGUCGAGAAGGCCUGCCCUUUGCCUUCAGGAAAGAGCAGAGAAAUAAUUGUGAUCCAGCUUCCUGCCCUGCAAAAUUGAACUUGGAGAAUCAUGACAUCUCUGUUUCAAUGGAAGUAAAACCCAACUGUGAAAUUAGAAUUCGCAGGCCCUGCGAAAUUAAAAAAACGGAUUGUUGUAAAGAGAACUUGGAGAAGCCAAGGAGCCUUGGAGAAGUGACUGACUUUGGAGAGCCCCUCAGCCCAGGUGAGGUAAGGUGUACAGAAAACCAGGAAAAGUUGGGGGAAGCUUCCAGAGUAAAACCUGAACCCAGCCCAUUAAAAGAAAAUGCUCUGAAAUCUUGCCAAAUACAUGUAAAUGGAAGUCACAGCGAUUAUGCAGAAAUGAACUGCCAUAAAGUUGUAAGAGAUCUACUAGAACAAUCACUGCAGAGCCACAAGAAGCUCAAACUAAGUAAAAUGCGGGCAAAAAAGAAGAAAAAGAAAAAAAAGAAAUUGAAAGAUGUUUUGAAUGAAAACUUACAGAGAAAGCGUGAAGGUCUUCCUUCUCUUGCAUUCAAGUCUUACAAACCUGAGAUCCAGAAUAAGUUACUGAUCAUUAAGAAGAAAGCAAAACACAAGAAGCACAAAUCUGGAAAAAAAUCCAUAUCUAAAAAAUCAAUCACAAAGAAGAGGAGAACUGUCACAAAGUCACCUGCUGUACCAGAAUUUCAGCUUAUUUGCACUAAUCUUGAUGAACUCAGGGAAUUAAUCACAAAAAUCGAGAAUGAACUCAAAGAUCUGGAAAACAGUAGAAAAAAAUCGGGGAAAUGGUACCACCGGAGGCAGGCUGUGAAAGAACUGCACAGCACAUUGAUCCGCCUCUUAAAUGAGCUGCUGCCAUGGGAACCAAAACUAAUGAAGGCCUUUCAAAGAAACAGGAGCCGCUUAAAGAAAGACUACGAUGAUUUCAGAAGACAGCCUGAUCAUGAUAAAUUUACCAGAGAACUGUGGACUAGUGAGGAAGGUGAAGGAGACCCUGGAAAAGAUUCUCCAGUAGAAAUCACCAAGUCUGCGGACUCGACAGACCCUCUUGAUCUCUUGGAGAAAGAACAUCUUGACUUAGAUGAUACGAAAUUGUCUGAAGUCAGUUUUCCUAUGGGUAGAAGCAAGCUCUUGAAAAAGGAGUUGCCUUCAAAAGAUAUACUGAAGACACUGCCGAAAACCCUGAAACGCCCGUCCAAACAAGGGGCUUAUCUGGAUGAUGGCGCAAAAGAGCUUUCCCCGAGGAAGAGAGCCAAGUUAAGCACAAAUGAGACUGCCGUUGUGAGUUCAGGAGGUGAGGUUCAGGCUGAGUGUGUAAAUGACUCGAAGCCACCAGAGCCAUCCCUGCCCGAGUCACUUGCCUCAGUGGACCCAAUAGCAGUGUCUACUCUCCAAAAAGGGACCAAACCGAUUCAGGCCUUGCUUGCAAAGAAUAUUGGGAACAAAGUGACCUUAACAAACCAGCUGCCUCCUUCCAUGGGGAGAAGUGCUCCCGCUGUGGAAAAGCCUGUGCUCUCUCCUCCUGAAGCCAGCCCCAUGAAGUCAGCAUUAACCUGCCAGGCCAGUCCAAAAGGCCCUUUACAGAUGGUCUACAAGAUGCCCUGUGGCCAGUGGCUGCCCGUAGAUCUCCACAACAGCUCAGUCAAGAUUCAGGUGCAGCCUGUGGUGGAUCCCAAGACGGGAGAAAAAGUCAUGCAGCAGGUUCUCAUCCUGCCCAAGAAUUUUGUGAUUCAGCACAAGGAAGGAAAAGCAGCUGCAAAAGAAAUGCCCCCACUUCCGCUGAAGGACACAGAGCCGCUUUGUGUGUCGCCUCUGCCACAGGUGGCAAACGCAAACCCUACUCUGGCGCCCAUUCUUGUCAGCUCCCCAGGCCCUGUGCCUCCCCAGCUACCUAGUGCCAUCUUCAACAAGACGGUGGCUCCUUUGUCACACGUGAGCAGUGCUAGACCUCAGCCUUUGCCACCCAUCACCUCCGUAAGUACCUUAGCAGUGCCACCAAGUAAGCCCAGCCAGAGUGAGGCUGGAAAACCCAGGAAUGCUGUUCCCGCAGCCACCGCCUCCCAGCCUGUUGCCUCACCCACCGUUUCCUCAGUUGCUCAGCCCUCACUAUCAGCACUGACACAAAGUAGGUCUACAAGUCCUGGAAGUUCCCUCAACUGUUUUGCACAACCAGCUGCCGAUUCCUCUGAAGCCAAGCAAGAACUGAAGACUGUGUGUAUCCGAGAUUCACAAUCCAUUCUUGUGAGGACUCGAGGUGGGAACACUGGUGUCGUCAAAGUCCAGAACAACCCAGAUCAGAACUCGCCCAACAGGCUCUCUUCGGGGUCUGUCUUCACUUUUGCUCCUCAGCUUCAGGCAUUUCUAGUGCCAAAAUCAGUGACUUCAUCCUCCUGUACAUUUUCACCAGUAGCCGGAACAACUGCGCCUGCAACUUCCAGCCUCCCACCCUUUGGCCAAACAGCAACUUCUGCUUCCAUUCCAACUGGCUUUAAUCCAUCUGUGGGGAAAAAUCUCAAACUUUCAUUAGGCCAGCCUCCUGCCAGUGGUAAUUUGGGUCACUUGAUAGAUAAAAUGUCAUCCAUAUCCUCUUCUCCUUUGAAGCCCUCUGUGUCUUCUAGCCCUCUACCACUACCACCAAACAGCUGCGUUAGCGUAAUUAGCAUAGCAACAGGAAAUUGUGGACAAACCAACAGAAGUGUUAUUCAUACUCCUAAUAAGCCUCACCAGGUAGCUCUUACCCCCAAAAGUGACCCUGGUACACUCUCUGAAGCAUCAGCUGCCAUAAAUGGCGACGUGGGCAUCGGGGCUCCAGCUCCAAAGCUUAUGCUGAUGUCCACUCCCUCCGGUCUUUCUCCAAGCAACGGAGGUGCAAUCCCUGUGCCACCUGCCCUGACAUCCCCAGGUGUUUCUACCCAGAAGCUAGUGUUUAUCAACCCUCCAGUUCCCGGUGGCACCCCCACCCCAACUCUUGUUGCAGAAUCACUCAAACAGACUCUUCUUCCUCCCUUGACUAACACGUAUGUUAAGACCCCUGAGCAACCUCAGAUUGUGCUCAUUCCCUCGACAUUGGGCACCCCCAUCAAAAUAAGUCCAUCACCAACUGUGUCUCAGAUCAAAGAUGUGAAGAUUGGACUGAACAUAGGUCAAGCGAUUGUAAAUACGCAGGGCAGUGUGCCCGCCAUACCAUCACUUAGCGUAUUGCAGAAUGUCGCCCCCAAAGGAGAAGACAAAAGCAGCAAGGGCUCUGCGUUGCCCUUGUCAACAAGCGGUGAUUCUGUUCCAGGAAGCUCCACUCUUGUGAACCAGAAACUCACUCCUGUCCAUGAGUCCAUGGGGUCUGCAGCGAGAGCAGUCAGUGUGUUUUCAGCCACGGGACCAAAUGUACCUCUGGGUUCUCUCUCAGUGACCUCAACCAGUGCAUCUGUUGGGACACUGCCUCCAGUUUUGGUCAGUGGCAAUGAUACCUCUUCAAGAAUGAUGCCUCUCCUGUCCAAUAGACUUUGUACGUCGAAUCUCGGCAGCACUGUGGCUAUCUCAACUGUGAAAACAGGGCAUCUUGCAUCUUCAGUUCUGAUUUCAACUACACAACCAACAGUGUCUCCUCAGUGUUUACCGUCCGCUCUGCAGAUCCCAGUCACGGUUGCCUUGCCCACGCCUGUGAGCACCUCUCCGGCCCUGCUCGGCGCUGCUCCUCAGCUGGCAGCACCUCCAGGAGCCACCCAGGCAGGAGCUCUCUCUAAGAGGCAACCCUGGACUUCAGUCCACUUUCAGUGUCCAGGGAUUCCAACAACAGUGCCAACACAUGGCCACACAAACAAACCUCACACCGAGCUGCCAUCCCUUUCACCCAGCCCAGCUAAACUCAUUAAUAUCUCCAACCUGACCGCUCUGCCAAGCCAGCAGAUGUCUCCCACUUCAACUCAUACCUACAGUUCUGCUGUUGGGGGCUCUGCCAUUCCCACCCCCAUAGCACCAUCCAAUCCCAGCAGUCUGCCAGGGGCCCAGUUCAGCGAACCUUGUAUUCAGCAAAAAAUUGUCAUUAACACCAGUACUCCUUUGGCACCUGGGACUCAGAUCAUGAUUAAUGGAACCCGGUUUAUCGUUCCACCCCAAGGUCUAGGCGCUGGCAGCCAUGUGUUGCUUAUAUCUGCUAACUCAAAAUAUGGACUUCCCUUAAUUCUCAACAGUGGCCAAGGCAUUCCGCCUCCACCGGUAGACAACCCUGCCCAGAAGAUCACACUAGCAUCCAACCACGCUCCAGGUGGCCACCCGACAAAGCAUGCUCUGAAAAGCUCUACAAAAAUCGUCAACUCUCUUGGGAAUGCAAGUUCUCUCCCCACGGUCCACGCAACACCACAGGUGGUGAGCACCACCGCCAAAGCAUCUGUCCCACCUCCAGCACAAACAGCGCCCCUGACUUCAGUGAUUAAGUCUCCUCCGGCAACUCUUCUGGCGAAAACAUCUCUGGUCUCUGCGAUUUGCUCCAGUAACCCUCCACUGCCGAGUAGCACUUCAGUGUUUCAUCUAGACACAUCGGUCAAGAAGUUGCUUGUCAGCCCAGAAGGAGCUAUCUUGAAUACCAUAAAUACUCCAGCCUCUAAGGUGUCCCCACUGUCCCCGCCUCUCCCCCACAUGGUUGUAUCUGCCAGUCGAAGCCCAGCCUCUGUCUUCCCCACGUUUCAGUCGACUGGCUUGGAGAAGCCCGACACAGCUGCAUCUUGAAUUUAGACAAAACGAGCCAGUUUUUAACUAAUGGGGCAUUGUUUUGACUCCCAGAAGAAUUUUAACUGUUUAUUAUACUGUUGGAAACAUAUUCUACAUAGUUGUGGGGUUUUUAUCCUUCUUUUUUUUUUUUUUUUUUAAGGUAUCUCUUAUUCGCUUGCUUGGGGAGGGGGAUCUGUUCCGUUUCCCUGGGUGGAUGAGUUUGUUUGCAGAAGUGGGUUACUAGACAGUCAGGGGUGGGCUGUCAGUUGAACAUGCAGUGAGCAAAGUCUCAUUUGACUCUAGUAAGUGCACCUUUUUACAGACUCGCAUCUACCUAUUUCUUCUUGAAUUUGGACGAUUACCGCAAAUCUACUCUCUGGUGUUGUGUGUCAUUAGUGAAAUCUUAUUUUUGUUUCUGUAAAAAUAUACAUAUAUAUAUAUAUAUUUAUGCAUUUGUGAAAAUGCAGUCCAUGGUGUAAAAUUGUACAUACCCCUAAAUCCCUAACAACCUGUACUGAACUAUAUGUACAAAGAACUAUCCUGUCUUAUUUAUGUUUUGUUUACAUAAUGUAUAGUUUUUUAAGUAUUUUAGUAAUUUUGGACCAGUGAACUGUUAGCCACCAUGCAGAAGAAUCUGCAUGUAAUAAACUGAGUUGCUGUAUGCCUUUGUUUGAAUGCGGUUUUUAAGGUGCAUGCUUUGCCUGUGGAUAGAAUGCAUGGGAUAAAGAUGGGCCCUUUACGGAGAAAACUGAGGCUGGGAAAUUUGGAUUAGGAAGCGCGAGCACUCG